AUGGGUACGGCAACCUUCAACUCCCAAUACAACGCCGACCCCUUCGCCCUCCCCACAACAGAAUUAGUACAGCGAGCACUAAGCAACGGCAUCCGUGCCUUCGACACAUCACCCUACUAUGGCCCCGCCGAAGAACUACUCGGCCGCGCACUCGCCACCGAAACAGUCCAAGCCAACUUCCCGCGCCAGACAUACAAACUCCUCACAAAGGUCGGCCGCGUAGCAGGCGCAUCAUUUGACUACUCCCCAUCAUGGGUCAGACACAGUGUGCGCCGUAGUUUGCACCGGCUUCACACAGACUAUCUCGACGUGGUAUACUGCCACGACGCGGAAUUUGUGACACCCGCCGAAGUCCUAACUGCCGUACGGGAACUGCGCCGUCUCCGCGAUGAAGAGGGCGUACUUCAUUACGUUGGUAUCUCCGGCUACCCGGUUGACACAUUGAGCGAAUUGGCGGAAAUGAUUCUACGGGAGACCGGCGAGCCAUUGGAUAUCGUGAUGUCCUAUGCCAAUUUCACGCUACAGAAUACGAGAUUACAAUCGCGCGCUUUGCCGCGGCUUCUAGCUGCAGGCGUCGAUGUCGUUCCUAAUGCCUCGCCGUUGGGAAUGGGUCUGCUCCGUCGUGACGGUGUGCCUAUUGGUUCAAUGGGCGAUUUCCAUCCUGCGCCGAAUGGCUUGCGCAGUGCCAUCCAUAGUGCCGCGGAAUAUGCAUCAAGUCAUGGCGAGAAACUCGAAGUCGUUGCGAUUCGGUUCGCGCUAGAGUCAUGGCUUCGUAUUGGUGCGCGGGCUGGUGGUCUUGGCGCACCACUUGCGCGCGCUGCAGAUGCCGACCCUGGAUUCUUGUCAGUGACUAAUAUUGGGACUGGGAAGAGGCUAGGUGUCAGUGUUAUGGGCGUGAGCAAUAUCGCCGAGCUGGAUGAGACUCUGCGUGUGUGGCAUAGUAUCGUUGAUGGACUGGAGAAGUGGACUGAUGAUGAUGACGGCUCGUAUUUCAAUACUAAGGUCGAAUCUGCCGGUUAUUCUACUCCUAGCCUGGAUGUUCCCGCCGGUGUUGCCUCCAAUCCCAGCAUUCUUACGCCACAGGAGGGUCUCAUUACUGACCGGGCCUGGUCUCAUGCGCGCGGUGCGCACAUCUUGCAACUGGCUCGGGAAAUUCGCGAUGUCCUGGGUACAGAGUGGGUUGACUAUGUCUGGGAUAGUCCCUCGCCAGACUUUGUGAACUCGUUAUCUGAGGAGCAUGUUGCCACUGUGCAGAAGAUUGAGGCGGAAGAAAGAACAGGAGAGAAGACGAAUUUAUCUUCGUCUGAUGGAGCUGGGAGGGAUCCUAUGCUGACUCCACCUUUAGAGGCGGAGAAGCAGCUUGCAUAG